AUAGUUUCGCUGUGAUAACUAACGUGUUACUAUCAAAACUAACUUAUGGGAGAAUAUAAUUUUUUUAUUUAACUUCAAAUUUUACCGCCCAAAAUACUAUCGAUAAAUGCAGGGAUGAUUUUUUAGCCCAAGAAUUAUAAAUCUGGGAAAUGUUGAAAUUGCAAAAGAAAACGGAAGAUAUCAAAUUUGCUAUUUUCUUGGACCACAGAAAAUUAAUAAACGAGGAAUAUGGCGAAUGUAAACUCAAGUCUGCGCUCUUCCAGUUUAAAGUUAAGAAAACACACCAAGAAGAUGAGGAAAAGCAUUCAAAGAAACGGAAGAGAAAAGCCGGCAAAGGAGACCAGUCGUCACUAAAAGAUAUUCAGUUGGUAAAUGAUUACCUGGAGCUUCUGGGCAAGCCCCUUGAAACGGAGGUGACUCCACCAAUAGCCAGGCACUGGGAGGAUGCCUAUAGCGUGCCCCAACUCCAUGGAGCCAACGAAAGCGGGCGGAUGCAGAGGUUCCAGGGUCAAGAUGAACUACGCAGCGUAUACUUAAUUCCCGAUCGAUGCCGGUUCUUCAACCACAAUGUGGACAAUCUGCCAGCUCUGUUGCACCAACUUCUGCCCGCCUACGAUCUCAUCGUAUUGGAUCCUCCGUGGAGGAAUAAGUACAUCCGCCGACUAAAACGCGCCAAACAGGAGCUGGGCUAUUCCAUGCUGACCAACGACCAACUGUCGCACAUUCCGCUCUCCAGGCUCACCCAUCCGCGAUCCUUGGUGGUUAUCUGGUGCACCAAUUCAGUGCAGCAUCAGGUGGCCCUGGAGCAGCAGCUACUGCCCAGCUGGAACCUCCGACUGGUCCACAAGCUCCGAUGGUACAAACUCAGUACGGAUCACCAACUGAUUGCCGCUCCACUGGCAGAUCUCACACAGAAACAGCCUUACGAGAUUCUUUACAUAGCCUGUCGCUUGGAUGCUCGUGAAGAUUACGGGAAGGAUAUCCAGAAGACCGAGCUUCUUCUCAGCGUGCCCAGCAUUGUGCACUCCCACAAGCCACCCCUACUGUCGUGGCUUAAAGAUCACGUGGAGCUGGACAAAGAUCAAGAGGAUCCGAAUUGCCUGGAGCUGUUCGCCCGAUACCUCCAGCCACAUUUCACUUCCAUUGGAUUAGAGGUGCUUAAAUUAAUGGACGAAAGGCUCUAUGAAGUGGAUAUAAAAGAAACCUAAUAUCAAUGUAUUAAAUAUGUUCAUUUGAAUAAUAAGUUGAAGUUAUUCAUGAUGUUGAUGUUGUUAAAGCAAAAAUUAAAUGAAUUAAUAAAACAAACUGAAUUCGACCAAAUAAAAAAUAUAAAACAUGUAAUUU